AUGGAUAUGUCCAAAGCCUUUGAUAAAGUUAACCACCAAAUUCUUAUUCAUAAACUUUACAACUGCUUUGGCAUCUCUGGUAGUUUACUCGGUUGGUUCUCCUCCUACUUGUUGAACAGAAGGCAACGCGUGACUGUUCUAGGGGCUACAUCAUCUGAAAAACCUGUUAUAUCUGGUGUCCCUCAAGGUUCUAUCCUGGGUCCAAUACUCUUUCUCCUUUAUGUUAACGACCUACCUGAUGUGGUGAAUAAUGCAAAAGUAGUUUCUUUUGCUGACGACACAAAAUUAUUCAAGUGUGUCGAUUCUCACAUAGACGGUGCCUCGAUUCAAAGUGAUCUUGAUAAUCUUGAGGAGUGGUCGACCUCUUCUGGACUUGUAUUUAAUCAAAAUAAAUGCAAGUGUCAGAGAAUUACCAGGAAAAAGACUACCACCGAAUUCCCCUACACCAUCAAAAACAAAACCCUCGCAGUAACAACAGAGGAGAAGGAUCUUUGCGUUUGGGUUACUAGUAAUCUGACAUGGUCCAAACACACCCUAGAUCGAUGUGCCGCAGCCAAUAGGAUGCUCGGGUUCGUACGUAGAUCUGCAAUGGAAAUCACGGAUAAAAGGAUUCGCCGUGCAUUGUAUUUGGCAGUUGUGCGACCAGCGCUGGGCUACGCCGCUCAAGUGUGGUCGCCGCAGUCGGUGGAGCUCAUCAACCAAGUGGAACGUGUUCAACGCCGAGCUUCAAAGUUUAUUCUAGGACUCCCAUUCAUGUGUGAUGUAUCCUAUAAAGACAGACUCAUUUCGACAGAACUUCUUCCCCUCUCAUUUUGGCAUGAAUAUUUAGACUUAAUGUUUUUCUUCAAAGCUAUUACUGGCAUUUUUAUCGAUAUCUCAAAAUUCCUUACCUGA